AUGUCAUUCCCAGCAGAGACAGCAGAUUUUGCGAACUAUCUUCAGCGUGCAACAGUGAACGAAAAGGAGUUCUUGCGCAAUAUUCUUCAGCAUGUGCAAGAACGAGCUCCAGUGACAGGAUCACCUACUGUUGAAGAGAUUGAGGCAAAGCUUCCCUACAUCAGACAAAUCUCUAGCAUGUACACCGCGCCCUCAAACCUCGAUGCCGAUGGCAAUCUCAAACUGUUUGUUUACUGGCACCUAUCAAGCCUUUGGCUAAUAGCUCUGGCCGAUCUUCAAAUUAUGGCGUUGGACAUUAACGCCAUAAACCAGUAUUUGGAUAACUUUGUCCCUUUUGCCAAGCAAUGCUUCAGAGGCUCACUCGAUAUACAAGUUGAGGCUCGUGAUAAAGUCCCGCGUGGGAGCCUUCGACCAUAUGUGUUGCAACGAGACAGAGGCCGUUGUGUCUUAACAGGCAGAGACGCCGCUGUGGACGCAGCGCACAUCUGGCCCUUCGCCUGUCUUAACAGCAGUAAGGCAGCUACUGCAAUGAAUAACCGAUGGCAUGUUGGUAUGAGGAUGUUUGGAGCACACAGAGCCGUAAUGAUGAACCAGCUCAUGAGCAGCGCGGGCGAUACGGAGCAUAUCUGGAACUACAUCACCUUGAGUAACGACAUGCACAAGUGUUUUGACAACGGAAGCCUUGGACUGGAACCACUACACGACGCAAUACCUAACAGCACAAUCCGAGUUCGUGUUCAAUGGUUCAUGACACCCCUAGGAUGGUAUGGACAACGUCAAUUCAACAGACCAGUCGUACCAGAUUCUGAAGCAAUUCGAUCUAUGUACGCGCCACUGAGUCACCAGUCCAACACCGGAUAUCUAGACAUCAACCUAUACAACGGUAUUGUUGAGUCUGGCAAUGUAUAUCGCAUCAACUGCGAGACUAUGGGCAAUCGGGACAGAAUGUUCAAAGUUCUGGACUCGCGCUGGCAGCUCGCGUGUGUGUUCUUUUGCGCUGGGGCAGCUGGCCACAACGCCGAGGAUCUCGACAAGCCUCCUGGCCCUGAAGAUACAAAUUUCGACGAACUUGGCCGCGAAAUCCCACCCGCAGCCUACUAUGAUCUUUAUAGAGAUCUGUGCUAG